AUGGAGUUACAGCAGAUGAUAGAACUGCUGCUAAAGGAAAUCAGAGCUAGCCAAGAAAAAGAGGACGCUGAUAGAAAAGCCGAGAAGGAAGAAAGGGAGGCCAAUAUGAAAGCAUGGCGAGAAGAGAUGACCACCAUGAGAGACAAAUGGGUGAACGACAACCACGAUGAGACGUUGACCUGCCAAGAGAUGGAGGCACGUCAAAUAGAGAGAAAGCCGACCUCACUGGACAGGAAACCUGAGGCGGCACAGAAAGAAGAGGUCCCCGCAGAAGACGCCACGAUAACGCCGGUCGGAGAACAGAGGAAACGGCGUAGGGACCGAAAACUGACCACGGAGCGCCGCAGUCAGAAACCGAAGAAUUUGUCACGGGAAAAUUGUAAACCCCCCCCAAAAAAAAUUGGCUGUCGCCCGCAGAAGGACGAGCCACCGUGCAACAGUGGCACGGCAAGAGGAGAAGAGAAGCGACAUAAGGAUGUCCCGUCGCGCGCAACAGUGGCAUGA